CCACGUUUGGAAUUACACUCAAUCGGUUGAUACACAACGUGACAAGAUGCGUGCCUUCUUCGUACUCCUCCUCGCUACCGUUGCAUGGGCAAAGCUUGCCCCCCUCCAUUCCCACGGAGCCGACAGAAUCCCAGGCAAAUACAUCAUCGGACUCAAGGAUGAUGUCGAAGUAGACUCUCUGGUCUUUGCGACUGGUGACUUCAAAGCCAAGAUCCUCAAACGAUUCCGAAACCUGAAGGCUGUCGUUGCUGAACUUGACGACAAGGCUCUUGAUAUCGUCCGAAACCUUGAUGAGAUCGAGUACGUAGAAGAAGAUAGUAUUGUCAGAGCUAGCGCUGUCACAUGGGGCCUGGAUCGUGUCGAUCAAAGGAAUCUGCCAUUGGAUGGUGGAUUCUCUGUCAGCGGAACCGGUAGUGGUGCCAAUAUCUACGUCAUCGAUACUGGCAUCAACCCAACCCAUAAUGACUUUGGUGGACGUGCAGCCGUAGCUUACGAUGCCAGAGGCGGUGAUGGUGUUGACUGCAACGGACAUGGAACCCAUUGUGCUGGAACCACUGCCAGCAACACCUGGGGUGUUGCCAAGGGUGCCAAGGUAUAUGGUGUCCGAGUUCUCGGAUGCCUUGGAUCUGGUAGCAACAGUGAUGUUGUAGAAGGUAUUGAUUGGGUUGCCUCAAAUGCUAAGCACCCUGCUGUGGCAUCGAUGUCUCUUGGCGGAGGUGCUUCACUUUCUACCGACAGAGCUAUUACUCGUCUCGCUAGUGCUGGUGUCGUCGUUUCCGUCGCCGCAGGAAACGAUAACGCUGAUGCUUGCAACUACUCGCCCGCCAGAAGCAGUGAUGCCAUCACUGUCGGAGCUACCACUAUUGCCGGUACAUGGUCCUCUCGUGAUGAAAGAUCCUCCUUCUCCAACUACGGCAGCUGUGUCGAUAUCUUCGCUCCAGGUUCUGACAUCACGUCAACAUGGCACAACAGCAACACUGCCACCAACACCAUCAGUGGCACCUCCAUGGCUUGCCCACACGUCUCUGGUGUUGCUGCAGUUCAUCUCGGUAACGGAUACAGUGCUUCGGCUACUAGCUCCAAAAUCAUUAGCGAUGCAACUGCAAAUGCCGUAAGCGACGUUGGUUCUGGAUCUCCAAAUCUCCUCCUCUAUUUGGCAUAGGCCUAAACAGAUAGGCUACAUUUCAGCUAAACAUUUCUAGAAUCUAGAAUGUAAACGGGGCUGUUAUCAACAGCCAUCCUCAAUUAUAAUACGAUAUUUAAUCAACUUCAAAACAUUUUGAAAACAUGCAAAUGUAAUUUUAUGAUCUGAUAUGAUAUAAUAAAAUAUUCUUAAUGAGUAUACCA